AGAUAAAGCUAUUUGUAAACAUGGACCCGUGGCAGACUCUUUUGCAUGUGGCUGUAUUACUCAUCUUAUUUAAGAGCAACAUAAGCACUGAAACAUGUUCAAAAGAUGCGAAUGAAUGUCAGAAAGACGAGCCAAAGUCAUGUGGAUGUUCAAUUAGCCGUGACACUUCCAAAUACUCCGAAAAUAAUGAACCUUCUGGGGAGUCGCAGGAUCAAACUCAAAAGCCCAAACCGGCUUCUAGUUCCUUUCCUCGGACGCAUGGAAUGGUCAGAAUCCCCGGUGGAUCAUUUAUGAUGGGAACGAAUGAACCAGUAUUCGUCGCAGACGGAGAAGGACCAGAACGACAAGCUAAUGUUAACUCAUUUUACUUAGAUAAAUAUGAGGUCAGCAAUGCCGAAUUCGAAUUAUUCGUCCAUGCAACGAGUUACAAGACCGAGGCCGAGACAUUUGGAAACUCGUUUGUCAUGGACAAACAUGUGAGUGAAGAUGUAAUGAAGGGUAUCAGCCAGGCGGUAGAAGGAGCCCCCUGGUGGGUGCCGGUAGAUGGGGCUGACUGGAGACAUCCCUACGGUGUAGACUCCUCUAUAGAGAAGAUCAUGGACCAUCCAGUGUUGCAUGUGUCCUGGAAUGAUGCGGUGGCCUAUUGUAAAUGGAUGGACAAGCGUUUGCCUACGGAAGCUGAGUGGGAAUAUGCCUGCCGUGGAGAAAAAAAGGACAGAUUGUUUCCCUGGGGAAACAAAGAAAACCCUCAUGAUAAACACUGGAUGAACAUUUGGCAUGGCAAGUUUCCCGACUCCAACACAGCAGACGACGGCUACGAAAUCACCGCUCCGGUUACAGCAUAUCCCGAACAAAACAAGUAUGGACUGAAGAAUAUCAUUGGUAAUGCUUGGGAAUGGACGUCUGAUUGGUGGGAAACUCAGCACUCCACGGAGCCCAAGGACAACCCUACGGGCCCUGUGAAAGGAACUGACAAAGUCAAGAAAGGAGGAUCGUUUAUGUGCCAUAAGACGUACUGCUAUAGAUACCGUUGUGCAGCCAGGAGUCAGAAUACACCAGACAGCUCAGCAGUCAACCUCGGCUUCCGGUGUGCAAGCAAUAAACUUCCGAAAUAUCUACAGUCGUAACAACCUUAGAUUUAUGUAACUGUGUUAUGUUAAGUAGGGUUUUAUAUUAUGAAGUGCAAUAGUGAUGUGUAUAACUUUUGGGAUCACUGAGAGCAUUCUAGUGAGAGUAUUCUUGUGCGAG